AUGGCUACUGUUAUGUCUAACGAGGAUGCAAGGUCCGGUAACUCCAAGUUACAAGAAUCACAACACGAUACUUAUACCAAUAAGUUGAAUAAAAUUUACAGGAAACUUGAUUUCAGAAUCAUCCCUGCUUUAUGGUGUAUGUACUUUUUAACCUCAUUUGGUUCUAACUGUUAUGGUUUGACCUUGACUAUGAAUAGUGAAGCUGGUCAUUCUUUGGCUCAGGCAUUGAAGUUAACUUCAAAAGACACCUCUACUGCUUCUGCAUUAUAUUAUGUUGGUUAUAUUAUUUUUGAUGUUCCUAUGAAUUUAAUCAUGACUAAAGUUAGUCCACAGUCAUGGUUAGCAAGAAUUGUUAUCACUGUUGGAAUAGUUUACACAUGUUAUCAUGUUUUGGAUAACAAUAAAGGUCUUAUUGCUAUUAGAUUUAUUUCGGGUAUGGUUGGUGCAGGAACUUGGCCAGGUAUGAGUUAUUAUAUUUCGUUAUGGUAUCCGAAUGAAAGACUGACCAGAAGAAUUGGGUAUUAUUUUACUGCUGCUCAAAUAUCUGCUGCAGUUGCCGGUUUAGUCAGUGCUGGUUUCCAAAAAAUGGAUGGGGUCAGAGGUUAUACUGGUUGGCAAUGGAUGUAUUUAGUUUAUGGGGUCAUCACUAUUGCUUGUGGUAUUAGUUUGUUGUGGUGGCUUCCUGAUAGACCUUUUAAGACUACUCGAGAUUAUUCUAAAUCUUCCAAUAAAUUUUUAAAAUUAUAUAGUUUAAUUUUCACUCCAACUCAUCCAUUAUCUGCAGAUGAACAAGAAUUACAUCGUGAAGACAUUGAAGAACGUUACCAUCUUAUUAAAUGGACUUGGAAAGAUGUUGUUGAAAUUAUCACUGAUUUGAGAAUAUGGCCUUUGAUUCUUAUGUAUUUUGGUGUUGUUGGUACCGGAUUCGGUUUAGCUGUUUUUGGAUCUACCAUUAUUAAAACCAAUAAUCCAAAUUUAACCUCAAUUCAAGUCUCUUUACUUUAUGCUCCAAUUUGGUUAUUUGAUUUAGGAGGUAUUUUAAUCAUAACUCCUUUUGCCGAUAAAUUUAAGAAAUUUAGAGCAGCUUUUUUCUCAUUUGCUUGUUUAAUUAUUAUUUGUGGGAUGUUUGUCACUACUUUUGCUCAUGGUCCUUGGAAUAAAUAUGCUGGUUUACUUAUUGCUGGUUUUGGUUUGGGUCCAACUGUUCCAAUUUGUAUGUCGUGGUCAGCUGAAAUCUUCCAACCAAGAUAUGGAGAUGUUGGUACUGCAGUAAGUGCUGCUUUAGUCAGUGGUUUGGGUAACUUGGGUUCAGUUACUGCUACCUAUGCCUUAUACAGUGGAUGGCCAGCUGACAAGGCUAGAUUGUAUAAAUACUCAAAUAUGAUGUUGGUGGUUAUAACUGGUGCCAGUAUAAUCGCAUCAGGUGUUUGCCAUUUGAUCAAAGAUAAAGUUAGACAAAAUAGAAAUGAUUAA